AUGUCAACCACCGCUAUGGGCAACUCCACCUUAUCUGGCUUAGAGGCAGCAGCUGCAGGUGUGGAUGCAGUUAACCCUUUAGGGAGCUCCAAUGGCAGCUUGUCCGCGAACAGUGCCUGGGGCAUCAGUGGCAGCGGUCCGUGGCUGUUGGCGUGCAUGUUAACCCUCAUCAUCCUGAUGACGGCUUGUGGCAACACUCUGCUGAUAGCUCUGGUGUUUGCCCAGCGCUCCUUACGCAACACCUCCAACUGUUUCCUGGUGUCUCUCUUCCUGUCGGACCUGAUGGUGGCUCUGGUUGUGAUGCCACCGGCAAUGCUCAAUGUGCUGUAUGGGGCCUGGGUGUUGUGGCCGGGCUUCUGCCCCGUGUGGCUCUGCUUCGACGUCAUGUGCUGCAGUGCCUCCAUUCUCAACCUAUGUGUGAUCAGCCUGGACCGCUACCUCCUCAUCAUCUCGCCACUGCGCUACAAGCAGAGGAUGACCCCUCCCCGGGCCCUGCUUCUGGUGGGAGGGGCCUGGGGUCUGGCCGCCCUCACCUCCUUCUUGCCCAUCAAGAUGAACUGGCACAGCUUGGGUCAUGGGAGUGGCCAUUCCCCAAUGCAUGGGGCUGGCAGUGCCAAUGUCAGCACAUACCCAGAGCUGAGCUUGUGGUACCCCGCCUCCUACUUCCAGCUGUCGCCCUUCGGUGGUCUGUCCUUCCAGUGUUGUCUGCAGGUUACCCUGCCUUUUGCCCUGGUGGCGUCCGUCCUCACCUUCUUCCUGCCAUCCAGUGCCAUCUGCUUCACCUACUGUCAGAUUCUCCUGGCGGCGCGAAGACAGGCGAGGCGGGUGGCGGCGCUAAGUCACCCUCCGUACCCGCACCGUUCGCCUGGGGAGCCUUCUCACCCUCCGUCACCAGGUGGGGGCGCCGCCAGACAUGUUCACCUCGAAGGAGAUGACUACAGUCAUCAGGAGCGCCAUGUGUCACGCCACGUGCCGGUGAGAGCGAGGGGUGGUAGAGGAGAUUAAGGGGGAUACAAUGAGGCUACAUCCCAAAGCUGUAUAAUCCGUCCCUGCAUGAUCACUGUGUGCCUGGAUAGGUUUCCACCAUGGUGCCUUCACUGCCUCUCAGAUUAGUUGUCAUGAAGGAAAACAAAUGUGGGGAUCUAGCUAAGAUAAUUAGGACACGGCCAUUGACUUGGGAGAUGGAUUCAAGAAGGUGAGAUUACAAAGGUGGAGUGGGUAGAUUAGGUAGAUUACACAGCAUUUUGGAUUUGAGAUCAAAUGUUUUUAUAUGAGGCGACAGUACAGAAUGUCACCUUUUAUUUGAGGGUGUUUUUCGUACAUAUCUGUUUUACUGUUUAGAAAUGAAUGCACUUUAUGUAUGUAGUUCCCCCAUUUGAAGGUGUCAAGUAUUUGGACAAAUUCACAGUGUAUUCAAUUUAGUCCAAAGUUUAGUGUUUGGUCCCAUAUUACUAGCACGCAAUGACUACAUCAAGCUUGUGACUUUACAAACUUGUUGAAUGCAUUUGCAGUUUGUUUUGGUUGUGUUUCAGAUUAUGUUGAGCCCAAUACAAAUUCAUGGUUAAUAAAAAAUCCUGUGAAAGACGCAAAGAGGGAGGAGGGGCAAUGGCGCCUGUUGAAGUUGAAGUGGUUGCUAGUUGGAAUAAAUGGCACAGACAUUGCAUGGUAUUUAUGUAGUCAAGGGCCUGUGCCUACACUCCUGAGAUUGGGGCCUAGGACAGUAAUUCAUAACAAUGUUGUUCCACGCAGGGACUUUUCGAUGUAUUCAACAACACGUCUCUUUCAAUGUGAGCAUUACAUCUUGUUAAAUGCAAGAGUUAGGCCUACAUACAUUACCUUUUUUCCUGAGACUCUUCUCCUGAAAGCAAUGUGGUGGAAGCUAUAGUUUAUUUUAUUUUGCUACUCCAGCUAUGAAACCUAAAUAUUUACAUGGUAGCUUUUGUGUAAGUGCACAUUGUUGCAUACGUACUUAAAGCUAUUUAUACCUGUUUGCUGUUUGUACACAAUGAACUUUCAAUGCAUUAGAUUUGUACUCACCCUAGAAUUAUUGUUUUAAUUUCACUGAGUUAAUUUGCAAAUCCUUUAAAUUGUGCAUGCCGCAAACAGGUAAAACAGUUUUUGGGCGGCAGGUAGCCUAGCGGUUAAGAGCGCUUGUCCAGUAACCAUUCGAAUCCCCGAGCCAACUAGGUGAAAAAUCUGUCAAUGUGCCCUUGAGCAAGGCGCUUAACCCUAAUUGCUCCUGUAACUCACUCUGGAUAAGAGUGUCUGUAAAAUGUUUUAAGAAUCAUGUAACAAUGUGGACCUGUAGCUAACUUGUAAAAUUCAAUAAAUACCUAGGUUCUUUGAUAAAUUCAGAUGCAGUCCUUGGCCGUGUCCGAAUACCCACACUAGCAUACUACAUACUUAAACUGCAUACUAUGUACUCAUUGUCGCAUAGCCUACUAUUUAGCACGUACCGUUUAGUAAAAGGUAGGCUAUGCAGUAUACCACAGCCGCAACGCAGUAGCGGCUCCUGACUGGAUGGGUAACCUGGGCGGGGCCUAGUGCGGUUGGAAUUUUCGAAAAUUCAGACAUGCAUCACAUUAACCAGCCUGAUAAUAUCUCAUUUCCAAUUCGAUUAAUCUAUCUAAACUCUGAAUAGAAUAGUAAUGAAGUCAUAGGCCUACUCAGGCUGGUUAUAUGCAGACUUUCACAUUUGACCUACACUGUAGCCCAUAUAACCCAUCUAUCCUAUUUUAAAAAGACUGAAGACAGAAACAGAUAAUUUGGUUCCAUUUCAACAAAUGUAUUAGUGAAACCAAAGUGCUGUAACAUAUAUAAAUAUUAAAUCAAAUAGCCUAGUAGACACACCAAUACUUUUCAAAUGUUCAAAUCAAAAGGCUAUUGCACAGAAAAACCUGGACAGUCGGGUGCAUCGCAAAUUCAGAACCGCUGGACAGCAACAUAAACUAAAGCACUGAUCAGUGGGACCGAGAUCAGAAUGACCGCUAUGGCUUGAUCCAUAAAUUAAAUAGGUAGCUUAGCCUAAAAAACUAAAACUAAAUCCAUAUGUUGAAAUCAAAAAGCUUGAUUGAUGUGAAUUCAAUAACGGAGCCACACCCCAAGAUCCACGGUGUCGACACAUUCAGAAAUCAAAAGAUGGUUUAGUAUUUACACUGAACAAAAAUAUCAACGCAACAUGCAACAACUUGAGUUACAGUUCGUAUAAGGAAAUCAGUCAAUUGAAAUAAAUUCAUUAGUCCCUAAUCUAUGGAUUUCACAUGACUGAGCAUAAAGAUAUGCAUCAGUUGGUCACAGAUACCUUUAAAAAAAGGUAGGGGUGUGGAUCAGAAAACCAGUCAGUAUCUGGUGUGACCACCAUUUGCCUCAUGCAGCGUGACACAUCUCCUUUAGCUCAGGCUGUUGAUUGUGGCCUGUGGAAUGUUGUCCCACGCCUCUUCAAUGGCUGUGCGAAGUUACCGGAUAUUGGCAGGAACUGAAACACGCUGUCGUACAUGUCGAUCCAGAGCAUCCCUAACAUGCUCAGUGGGUGACAUUGUCUGGUGAGUAUGCAGGCCAUGGAAGAACUGGGACAUUUUCAGCUUCCAGGAAUUGUGUACAGAUCCUCGCGACACGAGGCCGUGCAUUAUCAUGCUGAAACAUGAGGUGAUGGCAGCGGAUGAACGGCACGACAAUGGGCCUCAGGAUCUCGUCACAGUAUCUCUGUGCAUUCAAAUUGCCAUCGAUAAAAUGCAAUGGUGUUCAUUGUUCGUAGCUUAUGCCUGCCCAUACCAUAACCGCACCUCCACCAUGGGGCACUCUGUUCACACGUUGACAUCAGCAAACUGCUCGCCCACAUGAUGCCAGACACGCUGUCUGCCAUCUGCCCGGUACAGUUGAAACCGGGAUUCAUUCGUGUAGAGCACACUUCUCCAGCAUGCCAGUGGCCAUCGAAGGUGAGCAUUUGCCCACUGAAGUCAGUUACGACGUCAAACUGCAGUCACGUCAAGACCCUGGUGAGAACGACGAGCACACAGAUGAGCGUCUCUGAAACGGUUUCUGACAGUUUGUGCAGAAAUUCUUCGGUUGUGCAAACCCACAGUUCUCAGAUGAUCCCACAGGUGAAGAAGCCGGAUGUGGAGGUCCUGGGCUGGCGUGGUUACACGUGGUCUGCGGUUGUGAGGCCGGUUGGACGUACUGCCAAAUUCUCUAUAAUGAUGUUGGAGGAGGCUUAUGGUAGAGAAAUUAAUAUUAAAUUAUCUGGCAACAGCUCUGGUGGACAUUCCUGCAGUCAGCAUGCCAAUUGCACGCUCCCUCAAAACUUGAGACAUCUGUGGCAUUGUGUUGUGUGACAAAACUGCACAUUUUAUAGUGGCUUUUUAUUGUUCCCAGCACAAGGUGCACCUGUGUAAUGAUCAUGCUCUUUAAUCAGCUUCUUGAUAUGCCACACAUGUCAGGUGGAUGGAUUAUAUUGGCAAAUGAGAAAUACUCACUAACAGGGAUGUAAACAAAUUUGUGCAAACUUUUUAGAGAAAUAAGCUUUUUGUGUGUUUCUGGGAUAAGUUAUUUCAGCUCCUGAAACAUGGGACCAACACUUUACAUGUUGUCACAGCUGCCUCCCCUCCUUGUUCGGGCAGGCUUCGGCGUUCGUCGUCACCGGCCUUCUAGCCACUGCCGCUCCAUAUCUCAUCAUUCCAUUUGUCUUGUCUUGUCUUGUCAAUUGUCUUGUCGAUUGUCUUGUCAAAUGGCCUCCUGUAGCUCAGUUGGUAGAGCAUGGCGCUUGCAACGCCAGGGUUGUGGGUUCGAUUCCCAUGGGGGGCCAGUAUGAAAAAUGUAUGCACUCACUAACUGUAAGUCGCUCUGGAUAAGAGCGUCUGCUAAAUGACUAAAAUGUAAUUACACACACACCUGGUUCAUAUUCUCCUCAUUAGUAUGUGUUUAAGUGUUCCCUCUGCCCCCCUUGUCCUUAUGGGUGAUUGUUCAUUGUGAGGAUUAGUAGCUCGGUUAAGCUCAGUAUUUUGUAUUGCCGGGGUAUUUUCCCCGUGUGCAUGUUUGUUCCAGUGCGCCUGUUUUGCGCACUGGACUGGUUAUGCUGGAUUACGGAAUAAACUCUGUAUACUGUGAUUUACCCUCCUGCGCCUGACUCCUUCAAAUCACGCAUCACAGAAUCACCCACCUGAAAUGGAGUCAGCAGGAGAGGAGCGUAUGCCUGGAGUCGUGGCACGGGUCCAGGAGCAUUCAACAAUGCUAGCCAGCUUGGGAGAAGCAAUGUAUCGGGUUCUCCAGGUCGUCCAACGCCUGGAGAGGAGAACACCCGAUCUGUCGAGACCAGCUGGGCAACCGGAUCCAGCCACCCACACCCCAGCACCCAGAGGGAUCCAUAUAUCCCGACCACAGGAGUUCGACGGGACAGCUGCUCUCUGCCAGGGAUUCCUCCUCCAACUGGAGCUCUACUUCUCCAGCAUCAGGCCAGCCCCAUCGGAGCGGAAGAAGGUGUCCACCCUCGUCUCCUGCCUCUCGGGGAAAGCCCUGGAGUGGGCCAACGUGGUCUGGAACGAAGGAGGAGCCACGUUGGACAACUACGGGGAGUUCACUCAACUCUUUCGGUCUGUCUUUGAUCACCCGCCCGAAGGUCGAGGCGGGCAAGCAGCUGGUCCACCUGAGGCAGGGGACGAGGACUGCGCAGGACUUCGCCUUGGAGUUUCGGACUCUAGCAGCUGGGUUCGGGUAGAACAAGCGGGCCCUUAUCGACCACUUCCGGUGCCAUCUGCGGAAGGACGUCCGAAGGGAGCUAGCCUGCCGCGACACCAUGUUGUCCUUCACGCAACUGGUGGACAUGGCCAUCCGUUUGGACAACCUGCUGGUGGCCAGAGGACGUCCUGGAGGGGGUCUGCCCGUUCCAACCCCGGCCGACUCGGAUCAUGAGCUGAUGGAGCUGGGUGGAGCCGCGAUCCGAGAGAGCGGAGGACGACAGCGCCAGUGUCACUCUGAUGGCACGAAGGGACAUUACACUGCACGAUGUCGUCAGUGUUCUUUUGGGCCUGGAGGCGGCAGGCAGGGCACUCUCGCAUCACCCCAGGUAUUGAACACCCAUACUUGUUCAGAGUCCUCUGCUGCGCACUGUAUCCUACCCAUCCACUUUUCUGAUCACAUUGUAGUUCCCCAGUGUAAGGCGCUAGUCGAUUCAGGCACAGCUGGGAACUUUAUGGACAGGGCAUUUUCACACAGUCUAGACAUUUCAUUCAUUCCCCUAUCCAUUCCACUCACCAUCAGAGCACUUGACAGUCGACCAUUAGGGUCCGGGUUUGUUAGGGAAGUUACCGCACCAAUCACCAUGGUUACCCACGAGACUCAUUGCGACCUAGUCAUGUUUUUUAUCAUUGAGUCUCCUGCUUUCCCUGUGGUACUAGGCAUCCCUUGGUUAGCACCCCACAACCCCACAUUCUCAUGGCCGCAGAGGGUUCUCACGGGGUGGUCGCGAGAGUGUCAGGGUAGGUGUCUCGGUGUUUCCGUUGGUGCAAUCACGGUGGAAAGUCCAGACAGUACCUCCACAGUGCGCAUCCCCCCCCCCCCCCGACUACCUCGAUUUGGCGCACGCGUUUUCCAAAACGCAGGCGACCAAGUUACCCCCUCAUCGGGCGGGGGACUGCACGAUAAACCUCCGGGUAGACGCUGUGCCUCCCAGGAGUCAUGUGUAUCCCCUGUCACAGGCUGAAACAGAAGCUAUGGAAACAUACGUCACCGAGUCCCUGUGCCAGGGGUUUAUAAGUCCCUCCACUUCACCCGCCUCCGAGUUUCUUUUUUGUGAAGAAGAAAGACGGCGGUCUGCGCCCUUGCAUUGAUUAUCGAUCACUGAACAAGGAGACGAUACGAUUUAGUUAUGCUCUCCCCCUCAUUCCUUCAGUGAUCGAGUCAAUGCAUGGGGCGCGCUUCUUCACCAAAUUAGAUCUCCGGAGUGCGUACAACCUGGUGCGUGUCCGAGAGGGGGAUGAGUGGAAGACAGCAUUCAGCACAACCACGGGGCAUUAUGAAUACCUGGUGAUGCCCUACGGUUUGAUGAAUGCUCCAUCCGUCUUCCAGUCCUUUGUGAACGAGGUGUUAUCGGGACAUGCUUGGUCGCGGUGUAGUGGUCUACAUCGGUGACAUUCUGGUGUAUUCCACUACGCGCGCCGAGCAUGUGUCCCUGGUUUGCUGGCCCGACUGUUGGAAAAUGACCUUUAUGCCAAGGCAGAAAAGUGUCUGUUUUUCCAGCAGUCCGUCUCCUUCCUCGGAUACCGCAUUACCAUCUCAGGUGAGGAGAUGGAGGGAGAUCGCAUUUCAGCCGUGCGUAAUUGGCUGACUCCAACCACGGUUAAGGAGGCCGGGGUCGGCGCGCUGCUGGAGCUCGCAGCCAACCUCUUCCUAUGCAUUGUGGAAAACUGUGCAUCGAAUUAUACUAGAUGAAGAACUGAAAUGAGUAGGCUAUCACAUCCUGGCAUUUAAAACAUACUAGAUUUUCGAAAGUUCACAUACUAUAAAACCUAUUUUCACAUACUGAGAAUACGUCAUGCGCGAUUGCGUUGUUUCUUGCUAUUAGUUAAUUUCGCUAGUGCAUCCCCAUAUCUAGUUGACCAGCUGUUGUCAAAACCGAAGUGAGUAUAACAUCCGGGCAUUUAAAGUAUACUCGAUUUAUUUUUAUUUUUUGCAUACUCAAACUGCUUAUUUAGGACGCAACUAUGGGUAUUCGGACACGGCCCUUGUCUCUGACAGCCCUGUCUUUCCCUCUGUCCUCAGUUGUCGGUGAACAGGGAGCGGCGGCUGGCCCACCGGCAGGGACGGAGGGCAGUGAAGGCCAGUCUGACCCUGGGAGUCCUGCUAGGCCUCUUCUUCAGCGCCUGGCUGCCCUUCUUCAUCACCAACAUGGCCCAGGUCAGUGGCUCAGACUGCGUCGGCCUCUGUAUUAAAGAGAGAAUUCAGUGAUUUAAACGAACUAUUCCGUUAAUAUCAAGCAUAGAAGAGUAUACAUGUUCUCCUGAAAUCCUAGUGAAAUCUCAAUUUCCAAACUUUCACUUUACCUACACAUUAUUAAAGAAAUUGGCCUAUAAAAUACACAAUCGAAUCUGGUGCCUUGUUGUAGUGCCUACAGUAAACAUUGGGAUUCAAAGGACAUUUCAAUAGAGGGAUUUAAAAACAAUUAUGAGCCAAACACUAGGGGAUCAGCUAGGUGCUCUGAGCGGAGAUGAAUAUAAAUCUUUCAAUUGGUUGCUACUCAUCUUCUCAGGGUCGAAACUUGCAAACCACAUGCACACAGUAUAUUGUAUAGCACAUCUGUUCUCAUUAUGUUUGUGUACACCCUCCCUAUUCAUUACCAAUUAUUCCCUGUAUUACAGAACCUGGACCACAUGCAUUCCAUGUGUGAUGCUCCAUCUUAUGGCAAUUAAGUUCCUUUUGUGUGUGCUCUGAGGUUGCCUUAUUCCUCUGUCUGGGAAAGAUGUCAGCUAGAGCAGGGUUUCCCAAACUCGGUCCUGCACGUUAUUUGAAUUACCUGGGGGAGGGGGGGGGGGGGGGGGUCAAGUGGAUACUAAAUAGGUUGGCUGUAUGAAUAGAGAGGGAUGCUGGUCAAGUGGAAUAAUAAGCAGUAGAAAAUACUAACUCUAAGUCGCUCUGGAUAAGAGCGUCUGCUAAAUGACUAAAAUGUAAAUGUAAAAUUUAAGACAGGAAUUUUGCUUGCAAAUGCUCCCUUAUCUACCGGAACAUACUAUACAGGAACAUACUGUAUAUUUGAUGUCCACUCAUCCUUUUUUAAUUUAAUGCCAAAUUCUAGAGACAGACAAUUUGGACUUUUGCUAAAACAUCGUUUUUAUAUUAUAUUAUUGUGGGACGUCUCACAUGUAGAGUAUAUCUUCAUUCACAGUUAAAAACGAAGGUUUUGUAAUCCUAUUUCUUUAGAUUCAGGGCUGUGGUCUUCAUCUGAGCUCCAUAUUUCAUUCACCUCAGUGACUCGAAUGGGUGUUUUUACUGUUCCAUCACCCAGGAUUAUCAUCGCUGGAGUGUUGCCAUGUGGUUCAGCACAAAAGCAAUGUGUGAAAUACAAUGGGGGGAGGUCAUCCUAAGAAUGUGUAAAUGCCAUGGUCUUUUUGGGUUGUAGAAUUUUAGGGAGAAAAAUUAUAAGAUGCUUGAUUAGAUUAAAGAAGCCAAACAUAAAACGUACCACCCUUCACCAUUUGUUCAUUAGCUAAACUCAAGGGGAGCAUGUUAAUCUUCAGGAUAAAGUGUGACAUAAAAUAAUUUAAUCUAAAUUGGUAAUUAUCGUUGUCCUGCUUUCAGGCCUUCAAUGAUCCAGUCAUUUCAUUUCCCAUCUGUGUCCCUCACUUCACUCCUCCAGAAUAUAGCACAGAGGGCUCAUGUGUGUCUGCCUUCCUCCCCCUUCCUUUCACAUGCAAUGUGGUAUGUGAACACCCCCCUCCCUUUUUUCACCUUCUCACUCACUGCCUCCCUCAUUCAUCUUCAUAAUAUAGGACAGUCCUCCAACAGCAGUCUUCUCGCGUUCUCUCUGAUAUGCCAUAGUGAGCCAGUCUUUCACCCUUCUAUGGGUUGUCCCUAGUUUACAUACACUACCAGUCAAAAGUUUGGACACACCUACUCAUUCAAAAGGUUUUUCUUUUUUACAUUGUAGAAUAAUAGUGAAGACAUCAAAACCAUGAAAUAACACGUAUGGAAUCAUGUAGUAACCAAAAAAGUGUUAAACAAAUCAAAAUAUAUUUUAGAAUUGAGAUUCUUCAAAUAGCCACCCUUUGCCUUGAUGACAGCUUUGCACACUCUUGGCAUUCUCUCAACCAGCUUCAUGAGUAGUAGUCACCUGGAAUGCAUUUCAAUUAACAGGUGUGCCUUCUUAAAAGUUAAUUUGUGGAAUUUCUUUCCUUCUUAAUGUGUUUGAGCCAAUCAGUUGUGUUGUGACAAGGUAUACAGAAGAUAGCCCUAUUUGGUAAAAGACCAAGUCCAUAUUAUGGCAAGAACAGCUCAAAUAAGCAAAGAGAAACAACAGUCCAUCAUUACUUUCAGACAUGAAAGUCAGGCAAUACGGAACAUUUCAAGAACUUUGAAAGUUUCUUCAAGUGCAGUCGCAAAAACCAUCAAGCACUAUGAUGAAACUGGCUCUCAUGAGGACCGCCACAGGUAUGGAAGACCCAGAUUUACCUCUGCUGCAGAAGAUAAGUUCAUUAGAGUUACCAGUCUCAGAAAUUGCAGCCCAAAUAAAUGCUUCAGAGUUCAAGUCACAGACACAUCUCAACAUUAACUGUUCAGAGGGGACUGUGUGAAUCCGGCCUUCAUGGUCAAAUUGCUUCAAAGAAACCACUACUAAAAGGAUACCAAUAAGAACAAGAGACCUGCUUGGGCCAAGAAACACGAGCAAUGGACAUUAGACCGGUGGAAAUGUGUCCUUUGGUCUGUAGUCCAAAUUUGGCAGAGUGAAGGAAAAGCAGCCAACAAGUGGUCAGCAUAUGUGGGAACUCCUUCAAGACUGUUGGAAAAGCAGUCCAGGUGAAGCUGGUUGAGAGAAUGCCAAGCGUGUGCAAAGCUGUCAUUAAGGCAAAGGGUGGCUAUUUGAAGAAUCUCAAAUAUAGUUUCUUUUGUUUAACACUUUUUUGGUUACUACAUGAUUCCAUAUGUGUUAUUUCAUCAUUUUGAUGUCUUCACUAUUAUUCUACAAUGUAGAAAAUAGUAAAAAUAAAGAAAAACCCUUGAAUGAGUAGGUGAGUCCAAACUUUUGACUGGUAGUUUAUAUAUAUAUAUAUAUUCUACUUAGGCCCAAUUACAGUGAGUUCUGUACACUAAUGAAAAGAGCCUUUACAAUAUUAUUUUCUUUUUUACCUCUUACUGGCUACAUAUUUCCUAUAAGAAUACUUUUUAUUAAAUUAUUUGUUUCACAACAUAUUGUUACGUACAGUGGGGAAAAAAAGUAUUUAGUCAGCCACCAAUUGUGCAAGUUCUCCCACUUAAAAAGAUGAGAGAGGCCUGUAAUUUUCAUCAUAGGUACAUGUCAACUAUGACAGACAAAAUGAGAAAAAAAAUUGCAGAAAAUCACAUUGUAGGAUUUUUAAUGAAUUUAUUUGCAAAUUAUGGUGGAAAAUAAGUAUUUGGUCAAUAACAAAAGUUUCUCAAUACUUUGUUAUUUACCCUUUGUUGGCAAUGACACAGGUCAAACAUUUUCUGUAAGUCUUCACAAGGUUUUCACACACUGUUGCUGGUAUUUUGGCCCAUUCCUCCAUGCAGAUCUCCUCUAGAGCAGUGAUGUUUUGGGGCUGUCGCUGGGCAACACGGACUUUCAACUCCCUCCAAAGAUUUUCUAUGGGGUUGAGAUCUGGAGACUGGCUAGGCCACUCCAGGACCUUGAAAUGCUUCUUACGAAGCCACUCCUUCGUUGCCCGGGCGGUGUGUUUGGGAUCAUUGUCAUGCUGAAAGACCCAGCCAUGUUUCAUCUUCAAUGCCCUUGCUGAUGGAAGGAGGUUUUCACUCAAAAUCUCAUGAUACAUGGCCCCAUUCAUUCUUUCCUUUACACGGAUCAGUCGUCCUGGUCCCUUUGCAGAAAAACAGCCCCAAAGCAUGAUGUUUCCACCCCCAUGCUUCACAGUAGGUAUGGUGUUCUUUGGAUGCAACUCAGCAUUCUUUGUCCUCCAAACACGACGAGUUGAGUUUUUACCAAGAAGUUCUAUUUUGGUUUCAUCUGACCAUAUGACAUUCUCCCAAUCCUCUUCUGGAUCAUCCAAAUGCACUCUAGCAAACUUCAGACGGGCCUGGACAUGUACUGGCUUAAGCAGGGGGACACGUCUGGCACUGCAGGAUUUGAGUCCCUGGCGGCGUAGUGUGUUACUGAUGGUAGGCUUUGUUACUUUGGUCCCAGCUCUCUGCAGGUCAUUCACUAGGUCCCCCCGUGUGGUUCUGGGAUUUUUGCUCACCGUUCUUGUGAUCAUUUUGACCCCACGGGGUGAGAUCUUGCGUGAAGCCCCAGAUCGAGGGAGAUUAUCAGUGGUCUUGUAUGUCUUCCAUUUCCUAAUAAUUGCUCCCACAGUUGAUUUCUUCAAACCAAGCUGCUUACCUAUUGCAGAUUCAGUCUUCCCAGCCUGGUGCAGGUCUACAAUUUUGUUUCUGGUGUCCUUUGAGAGCUCUUUGGUCUUGGCCAUAGUGGAGUUUGGAGUGUGACUGUUUGAGGUUGUGGACAGGUGUCUUUUAUACUGAUAACAAGUUCAAACAGGUGCCAUUAAUACAGGUAACGAGUGGAGGACAGAGGAGCCUCUUAAAGAAGAAGUUACAGGUCUGUGAGAGCCAGAAAUCUUGCUUGUUUGUAGGUGACCAAAUACUUAUUUUCCACCAUAAUUUGCAAAUAAAUUCAUUAAAAAUCCUACAAUGUGAUUUUCUGCAAUUUUUUUUCUCAUUUUGUCUGUCAUAGUUGACAUGUACCUAUGAUGAAAAUUACAGGCCUCUCUCAUCUUUUUAAGUGGGAGAACUUGCACAAUUGGUGGCUGACUAAAUACUUUUUUCCCCCACUGUACAUACUGAACACAACCCCAGUGCCUGCCUUCUGCUCUCUCUCUCUCGUCAGGCGGUAUGCGAGUGUGUUCCCCCGGCACUCUUUGACGCCAUCACCUGGCUGGGCUACUGUAACAGCACCAUGAACCCCAUCAUCUACCCGCUGUUUAUGCGCGACUUCAAACGGGCCUUGGGGCGGCUGCUGCCGUGCUGCUCCACCCGCUCACCCUGCAGACCCUCACCGGUGCUCUCCCUCUCCCUCCGCAACUCUGGCGAGCCCAACAUGCCCACGGAGCACCCAUCCCUGGCCUCCGAUCCCCCACAGCCCCCCGCCACCGCCACAGACGCCGUCAACCUGUUUGACGCCGACCACGCUGGGAUUGAGCUGCCCUUGCUGUUGCCCAAUCAGGUGGCCACGCUGGACUGA